AAACUAUUUAAAGAACUUGCUACCUGGAGACAGAUUGACAGAGUUAAAGUCCUGCUUUUCAUCGGUGUUUCCACUUCACACUGUAAACAAUGAGUGAGUUUUGGUUGUGUUUCAACUGCUGUAUUGCAGAACAGCCUCAGCCUAAAAGACGACGACGAAUUGACCGAAGCAUGAUUGGGGAACCAACUAACUUUGUUCACACAGCUCAUGUAGGAUCAGGAGACCUAUUCAGUGGAAUGAAUUCGGUCAGCUCCAUUCAGAAUCAAAUGCAGUCCAAGGGAGGCUAUGGAGGUGGCAUGUCUGCAAAUGUUCAGAUGCAGCUUGUAGAUACAAAGGCAGGAUAGCCCUGGGGAAAACUUUCCAAUUUAUGUGAGUUCCUGUAUCUUCUUUCCUGUGUCCCCUCUUUUGCCUUGGUGACUGCUUUCUGUGCUCGUGACCGGAGAAGUGAUGGCUCAUUGCUCUUUAUGAUUACUCCAGUGAAAGUUGCUGUUCUGCUCUGAUGAUGCCAUAUCAGAUUGGUCCGACCGUGCCUUUCAGUGGCAUGUACUCAUUGGCCUUUAUAAGUAUCAUGAACGUAUGGCUGUUUAGGAUUGUUUUUAGCUUUUUGUUUGUUUUAAGGCAAAUUAAAGCACCAGUCUUAGCUUCCCUCAUCCCUCACAAAUACUAAUGUGCAACAUUCUGUUGUUUUUUAAUCUUUGAAUAAUUUCUCCAUUCGAAUAAUUUAGAAAUGAGUGAGUUUCCAUUCAUGUCUUCAAUCAUCUGUUGUUCAUACCCAUUUUUGAAAGCAUGAAUGACUAUUUCAUACAAAAUCAGCAGAGUAGAUGACUGCAUGCUAUGUGAGGUUGCUUUGUAUGGUGGCCAGCUUGGUGCUAGCUAAAAAAAAAAUUGCUUACUGCAGACUGGUGAAAAAUUUGCUGUAGCACCAAGUCAUGCCUGUUUUUGAACAAGGACUUGUAACUCAGCUGCUCCAGAGUUAUGUCUUUAUUUUAUCUUGGAAAUAACACAGAGAGAGCUUGCAUUCAUGAGGCAUUUGUUGUAAAUGUUCAGUAUAUUUAUUUUGAAAGAGCUGACCCUGAGACUGUAGACCAGUGUAGUACCUUAUCUGAGUGUUGUGAAAAUGCUUUAGUCUAUUUAAAAAAAAAGCAUCAUGUUUGGCUGCUUCUUUUUCCUUCUACAGUUUUUCUUAAUUUUAGGCUGUAUGGUCAUUUCCAGUAGCAGCAUGUCAGACUGCCUGCAAUAUUAGCUGAAAAGUUUAGUAAACCUCUCAAAGUAGUUGGCAGUUUCUGUGUAUGAAAUAUUAUGGGGCCAUGAAAGUUGCUAAAAUCAACAUGCUAAUCUGGCAGAACAGAUGCCAAUGAAAACAACAUACAGGGUGACUUUUUACUAAGACAGUAAACUGCCUUUUGCUCAGGUUCCAAAGCAUGUUUCUUUCACACGUUGUUAAAUUGUAUUUUAAAAUUGCACUGUUUUCAGAUCAUCUCUGUAAAUUGCCCCUUUUUUCCUCCUUGUUGGUAGUUUGAGAGAAGUAAGUGAUUUUAGCCCUGGUUGAGUUAAAUUUUUACAUGAAAAAAACCAAUCCAAACAAGUAAGGCAUAACCGAGCCUAGUCAGGUCCAUUUUUAUGUAUAGAUUGCUGUCAUAAAUGAUUCUUUAUUCUUUUUGCAACCUUUCCCUGGUUUCACAUUCCAACAGCUGUCAGGUUGAUUUAAACAUGUAUGAACCUCCCUGCUUCUCUCUCGAUUUUCAAACACAAAAAGUACAGAGCCGGGGAGGUAGUUUGCCUUCCCCAAGUUGUACUGCCGUGGUAGGUGUCGAUUUUCUGGUUGAAUAGUUCAAAUUAAGUUGGAUAGUCUUAACUGAUGAAGGUACCAAUUUGUGAUGACAGAAGAUCAAGAUGUUCAUUUACCUGGGUGCAUAAACACAUGGCAAUGCAAUGAUAUUUUUUUUAGGGGUCAGCAUUUCCAAUGCCACUUUAUCAAAGCAUCUUAAAUAUAUUAUGAUUACAAAAUUAGUUUAACUUGGACAUUGCUAACAGAGGCUUAAAUUUGCUUGCCAAACCUAUCUUGCACUUGUCAAAAAAAAAAUUGACGUAUUUUUAUAACAGACAUUCUUUUUUUGUACAUUGUGUUCAUUCUUGAAUAAAGUCAGUUUGGUGUUGGCUUGUAGAUAUUAAAAGGAAAGUAUUGACUUUGAUUCAAUAAAUGUUUUCUUUCAGUU